CAAAAGAACAAGUUAUAACAAAAGUAAGCCUAUAUUCUGAAAGCGGGUGAAAUACUCUAUCAUUCUGUAUUUUUCUCAGUUUUCACUUUGCUACUUAUCUGAUGAACAAAAAGGGAUAAGAAAAAUCGAACGUAAUCAGGACUCUGAUAACGAGAGUGCGUUCUUUAUUCUUUAAGGUAUUUUUUUUAUAAGCAUAUACAAUUUAAAUCAAAUAUAUACACAAUUGCAGAGAACUCCACGCCCUAUCCGAAUAUAUAAUUACUUGUCUCAAAAUGUUCAUUUAUAGUGAUCAUAUAUUAAAAGUACUUUGUAAAACUAUUUUUGACCAGUGGAAUAUAUAAAUGUCGAAUCUUUCUUAGUAUUGAAAAAGGCAAUGUCUGACAAACUUUCUUAUCCAAUACUAUUUCUUAGGCAAGUUUUUAAUUUUCAUAUUUUUUGUGGUAUGGCAAUUGCCACCAAUUGCCCUCUGGUGGCCCGCCAAUGGGAAAAUUUGUUUCCAACUUUGUCUGAUAUAACAAGGACGAUCAUGUUCAUAUCUAUUCUCAAAGUCUGUUUUGCUAAAAGUUUCAAAUGUUCGUAUGAUAAGUUAGUCAUAUUCUUUCAUUUUGCUUUCUAGCUUAAUGAAAUUUUAUUACCAUUUCCUAGUAAUUCUGGUUCAAUGACUGCUAUACUACUUACUGAAAUAACAUUAUCUAAUGAUACAAAUAUUCCAAUACAAUCAACAACAACAACAACAACAACAACUGAUUCAUCAACAGCAUCAAAUGAUGGUCGAAAUUAUCCAAGUCAACUUGAAACAAAACAAAUCUAUGAUAUAGAAGAUAAAUUUGAAUUAAAUUAUAAACGUUUACAUGAUGAUUUAAAGAAAAUUAAUUAUGAACAAGUUAAUAAAGAAGGAAAAUCAUGA